GAAAAAAUGUAAAUGUUGCCGAAUGAUAGCGGCUACAAUUUGAAAACUGAUGAAACAAAAAUACACCCAAGAGAUAGUCGCUAGAUUUCUGACAGUGAGUGUGAAAUGGUAUGACUGAAAUGGCAAUAAAAUUGACUGUAAUGUGGAGAUACACAAACACAUAGUACGUGAAAAAGAUGCCAAUCGAGUACAAUCCAACCUACGAAUCAGUGGUGUUGCAUGAGAACCAUUUUUGAUUCCAUCAAACAACACACACAAAAAAUUCAUUUUGUACACGGGCGCAAGAAGUUUCUCAAUCGCAUUCGCGUUUAAUUCAUAUUCGUUUUAUGUUUUGCAAAUUGUCAAUAAUCACUCAAUCGUCUUGCAUUUGAAUUGUAUAAUGAUUUGAUGGAAAAAUAAUUGGCAUCAUUUUAAAUUUUAUGUGAUUUGUUUAUUGUACAGUGUGAACGAAUUAAACACCGAAAUAAGUAAUAUUGAGAACUUAUGUGAUUAUCAGUAUGGUGUAUUGAUUGUGGUGUAACAUAUAAAAAAAGAUACUUGCGCUGUCACUUGGCAUCAAAUAAAAUAUUUCUCUUAUGUAUAAUAAACCAAGGGGCCAUCAUUCGGAUAUUCGCGUUUCAAUUGAAAAUAAGUUAAAUGUAAAUUGAACUGAUAAAACGUGUGCGACAGGGCAACAUCGUUUCGAUGUAAUGUGAAUGAACGAACGGCAGAGAGAGAGAAAAAAAAGCUGAAAACGCCACAAAAAUUUAUGGUGUUAGUCACGAAAGUUGAAAGUAGUGUUCCAAAAAUCGAUUAUUCACACCACACGCAUAAAAGCGAGAAAUUGUGUUUCUGUCCUGUUUUUUUUUCUUAAAUUUAAAAAGAAAAAAAAAACAUUUCAAAAAUAAACAGUUGGAAUAUUCAUCGACAAUAAAGACCGAAAAAAGAUCAAAUUCAAAUAGAACAUCGUCUGUUUUGCUGUUAUAAAACAUUAUUUUUAAUCGAUUCAAAGCUAUUUUUGUCGGUAUCACUUGAGAAAUAACAAAAAUUACAGUGAAAUUCACACAGAUAUUCGCACUUGAUUAAAUAAAAACGAACAACAACAACAAUAAGAAGAACAAAAUCUACCCGUGAAAAUAAUUGAUUAAAAUCAAUAGAAGUUAAUUUUCAAGUGUACCAUUUAAGAUAUACAUUUAAAAAAAAUGGCUGGUCAAACAAUAAACGAUCGACUUUUAGCGGCCCGACACAGUUUAGCUGGUCAAGGACUUGCUAAAUCAGUAUGCAAGGCGACUACAGAAGAAAUGAUUGCACCCAAGAAAAAACAUUUAGAUUAUUUAGUGCACUGUACAAAUGAACCAAAUGUAUCAAUACCACAAUUGGCCAAUUUGUUGGUGGAACGAACACAAAAUGCGAAUUGGGUGGUCGUCUACAAAUCAUUACUCACCGUACAUCAUCUUUUAGCAUAUGGAAAUGAGAGAUUUAUGCAAUACUUAGCGUCAAGUAAUUCCACGUUUAAUUUAAGCAAUUUCCUGGAUAAAGGUGGCGUUCAAGGCACCGUCGGUGCAAGGAUUGGCUAUGAUAUGUCACCGUUCAUUCGACGCUAUGCAAAAUACCUGAACGAUAAGGCAUUGUCGUAUCGCACCGUGGCAUUCGACUUUUGUAAGGUGAAACGGGGAAAGGAAGAAGGCUCAUUACGUACCAUGAAUGCAGAUAAAUUGUUGAAAACAUUACCAGUGCUACAGUCACAAUUGGACGGUCUGCUUGAGUUUGACUGCCAGGCCAAUGAUCUCUCUAAUGGUGUGAUAAACAUGUGCUUCAUGCUUCUGUUUCGUGACUUGAUCCGUUUGUUUGCAUGCUACAAUGAUGGUAUCAUUAAUUUACUGGAAAAGUACUUCGAUAUGAACAAAAAGCAAUGUAAAGACGCAUUGGAUUUGUAUAAACGAUUUUUGGUGCGAAUGGAUCGUGUUGGUGAAUUUCUUAAAGUGGCUGAGAAUGUCGGCAUUGAUAAGGGAGAUAUUCCAGAUUUAACUAAGGCACCAAGUUCAUUGCUUGAUGCACUUGAGGGUCAUCUGGCUACAUUAGAAGGUCGAAAAACAUCCGCUGCAAAUACACCAACACAAUCAUCUGGCGCUGCGUUUGGUGCAUCCGCAUCCACUCGUAACGAUCAAUAUUCAAAUGGUAUCGAUGAAUCAAUCAAACAACAAGCUCUUGCCGAAGAAGAAGCCGCCAUGAAUCAAUACAAAGUACAAACGAAAGUAAUAUCACCAACUGGAGGCGCAUCAGCAGCAGCGAAUAAUCCAUUUUUGUCAUCGCCAACAAGUGUAGGAAAUAUUGUUGAUUUGUUUGGUCCAACCGCAGCUUCCGCCGUGCCACCAAAUUCAAAGGCAUCCGAUGAUCUGUUGCAAUUAGGAAAUCCAUUUGCAGAUAUGUUUGGUAGUCCGGCUCCAGCUCCUCCAGCUCAGCCACUUGUUGCUCCUGCACCACAAAGCAAUGCAUUUGUGUCGGACAGUAAUUUCUCAUCGGUAUUUGGUGCCAGUGAACCAGUUGAAGAGACUUUACCGAAUCCAUUUCUAUCGGAACCAAUUGCUCCAGCAGGUUUUGACGCAUUGGGUGAUGUUUUGAAACCAGCUUCUGCUUUGUCUGCGUCAACAACAAACGGUUCUGUUUCAUCAACAGGUCAACAAUCACAGACGGCUGGCCAAGCACCACAAUCAAAUUCAACUGGAAAAGUACUUACAGGCGAUUUGGAUAGUUCGUUGGCAUCGCUAGCGGAAAAUUUAACGAUGAACAAAAGUCAAUGGAAUUCACCAAAAAAUACGGCCAAACCCGGCUCAACCGGAUGGUCACCGCAACCAAUGGCUGCCACAACCAAUACAAACUAUCGUCCAAUGGCGCAAGGUACUGUAAGUCCAGCUCCAAGCACUGUACAUUAUCCAUUUGUACAUGCUUACAAUUCUGCAAUGACGCAAUACCUACAACAGCAAGGGAUGCCAAUGCGUCAACCGAUGAUGGCCGGGGCGCAACCUGGAAUGAUGCCAAUGAAUAUGGCUCAACAACAACCAUUCAUCAUUCCACAACAAACGAGUGCCGUGUCAACUGACCAUCAAAAUGGGAAAGCCAAUAAUGUACAACUGGAUCCGUUUGGAGCAUUUUAAAUGUGUUUGGCGUAAUAACAAAUAAGCAAGCAACAAUAAAUUAUGGCAUCGAUUGAAACAGAUUAGAAAAAAAAUACAAAACAAACUACAUAGAUUCUAUUCUACUAUAUAUUAUAUAUGUAUAAAAAACAAAAGAGGAAUUCUGAUCAUUAUUUACAAAGAAAAUUAAAUAAAUUCUAUUCAUACAGUUCAUGAGAUGAGAUAACUUCAGAGCAGAAAAAAGAGAGUUUGUAGAGUAUAAAUAUAAAAGGAGAAAAUCUCUCUCUCUAUAUAUAUAUAUAUUAUAAAUAUAUUUAAAUAUUGAUUUAUGUUCAAAGUAUUAUGCAUGAGAGCCGCAGCGGCAACUGAGAGAAAAAGAACAAAUUAACACACACUUUGUCGCCGUCGACGGUGAAUCGCUUAGUUUAAAUCAUAUGAUAUAUAUAUAAUAAUGUUUGCAAAUAGCAUCAUUUCGAUAUAAAAAAAUGUUAUAAUUCGAGAUAGAGAAAAAAAAAGAGAAUAAAUCGCAGAGAACAAAAAUUAUUAUACGGCAGCAGCAGAAAAGUAGUUGAGUUCUUUUUUUUUUAAGUUUGUUUAAAGAAAAUUUACUUGCAUCAUAUUCUGCACGCUCGGUAUGAGUGCAUAGCAAUGGAGAGUCAAUAAAAUUGAAAAUGAGAAACGCAAGCAACUUGAUGAACAAUAUGUAUUUAAUCUUGACUUCAAAACGUUAUUUCAUUUGAAAUCGCUUAAAAUUUUCAUCCUAUGUAAUUUACUUGCAAAAUAUAGGUCAGAACAAAAACAAAACUA